GCGCAGCUGCGGCGGGAGGAACACGGCCCGGCCCGCAGCUGCCCGAGGAUUUGCCCAGAGAUCAGUGACGUAACGAAGCCUAAGUUCUCAUUGGAUGGCGGAGUUCAGCGGGCCAAUCCCGGCGCUGGUCCAGAGAAAUCUCGUCGGAGGACACCGACAAGCCCGGAGAUUGCGGGGCGGGGUCGCGCCGCGCUGGUUCCGGGCCAGGCGCUGGGUCUGCUGCGACCGGCACGGACGGGCGCGGCCCGGCCUCCGUGUGGCCUGGGCUCGGACGGGAAGAGAAGCCCAGCGGAGGGUCCACCGACCCAGGUGCAAUGGCCACGUCAGCGCCGCUGCGAAGCCUGGAGGAGGAGGUGACCUGCUCCAUCUGCCUGGACUACUUGCGGGACCCUGUAACCAUCGACUGCGGCCACGUGUUCUGUCGCAGCUGCACCAAUGACGUGCGCCCUGUAUCGGGGGUCCGCCCCGUCUGCCCGCUUUGCAAGAAGCCUUUCAAGAAGGAGAACAUCCGGCCUGUGUGGCAGCUGGCCAGCCUGGUGGAGAACAUCGAGAGGCUGAAGGUGGACAAGGCCAGGCAGCCCCGUGACACAGCCCAGGAGCAGCUGGACGCCCGGCUGUGCGGGCGGCACCAGGAGAAGCUGCACUACUACUGUGAGGAUGAUGGGAAGCUGCUGUGUGUGCUGUGCCGGGAGUCGCGGGAGCACCGGCCGCACACAGCUGUCCUGUUGGAGAAGGCCGCCCAGCCCCACAGGGAAAAAAUCCUGAACCACCUGAGUACCCUGAGGCGAGACAGAGAUAAGAUUCAGGGCUUUCAGGCGAAGGGAGAUGCUGACAUCCUGGCUGCGCUGACAAAGCUGCAGGAGCAGAGGCAGUCCAUUGUGGCAGAAUUCAAGCAGGGCCACGAGUUCCUGAGGAAGCGGGAGCAGCACCUGCUGGACCAGCUGGCCACCCUGGAGCAGCUGCUCACCGAAGGCAGGGAGAAGUUCAAGACCCGGAGCUUCGGGGAGCUGGCCCGGCUGGGGGUGGUCAUCUCUGUGCUGGAGGACAAGGCCCAGCAGCCGGCCGCGGAGCUCAUGCAGGACACCAGAGACUUUGUGAACAGGUAUCCACGGAAGAAGUUCUGGCUUGGAAAACCCAUCCCUCACGUGGUUAAAAGAAAGACCGGAGAGUUCUCAGAUAAAGUCCUCUCUCUUCAGCGAGGCCUGAGGGAAUUCCAGGGAAAGCUGCUGAGAGACUUGGAAUAUAAGACAGUAAGUGUCACCCUGGACCCACAGUCAGCCAGUGGGUACCUGCAGCUGUCGGAGGGUUGGACAAGCGUGACCUACAGCAGCCUGUACCAGAGCACCUACCUGCACCCUCAGCAGUUUGACUGUGAGCCUGCCGUGCUGGGCAGCAAGGGCUUCACCUGGGGCAAGGUGUACUGGGAAGUGGAGGUGGAAAGGGAGGGCUGGUCUGAGGAUGAGGAAGAGGGAGAGGAGGAGGAGGAGGAAGUAGAGGAGGAAGAAGAGGAGGAGGAGGAAGAGUCUGGCCACAGGGAUGGCUACGAUGGUUGGGAAACCGAGGAAGAUGAGGAAUCACUGGGGGAUGAAGAGGAGGAGGAGGAGGAGGAGGAGGAGGAAGUGCUGGAAAGCUGCAUGGUCGGGGUAGCCAGAGACUCCGUGAAGAGGAAAGGAGACCUCACCCUACGGCCAGAAGGCGGGGUGUGGGCACUGCGCCUCUCCUCCUCCAGCAUCUGGGCGAACACCAGCCCUGAGACCGAGCUCUUCCCCGCACUGCGGCCCCGGAGAGUAGGCAUCGCCCUGGAUUAUGAGGGGGGCACCGUGACUUUCACCAACGCAGAGUCACAGGAACUGAUCUACAGCUUCACUGCCACCUUCACAGGGCGCCUGGUCCCCUUCCUAUGGCUCAGGUGGCCAGGAACCCGCCUUCUGCUGAGACCCUAAUCCCCAGCCACUGAUGCAUUAUUUCUUUGGGGGCCGAGGAUGCUGGCUGGGGAAGGGACAGGGAGAUGGACCCCUUGUCCCCUGCCACCUGCUGCAUACUGCGGUGACCCGGACCUCAGCACUCUCUGCACUGCUCUGCUACCUUCUCUCCUGCUGCUGGUUUUCUGUGGGACCUUCUGACCCGGAAGUUCACCAGGAUCCUUUCUUCCUCUUUGGUCACUGUGCCCUGCUCUGUACUCUGAGAUUGGGGGUUGGGACCACAUGCUCUGGCCCAGCAGUACCCUGUGCUGGCUGUUCUUAGAAGGAUGUCAGUUACACCUAAGACCAUUUUGAUGUCCUCAGACCCUGAGGAGUCCCCAUUCCCAAAUUCUCUGACAUUUUGAGCAGACCUCCCCAACCCCAGCUCGGAGUUAAAGAUCCAUGACACAAGUCAGCACCCACCUGGCGAGGAGGCAUCCCGGGCCGUGGGGCCCUGCUGCUGGGAGUGCUAGCGGGGAUCACUUCCUCGUGGUCUCAGGGUCCGCGUUCGGCUUCUGUAGCUGGAGUCGCCCUGGAGCCAGGUGUGUUCUUGUGGGAGAGUAGGGGCCUUGUGAUGAGGUCACCGUGAGAGCAGGGAUGGAGAAAUCACCUUGUGCAGCCCUUGUGAAGGGAGUUUUCAAAAGGAUCCAGAACAUCUGACUUGUUAGCACCAUCUGAAACCAGGGCAGAAGCUGGGAGAGCAGCAUCUCCCUGCCCAGGGCACUCUGGGCAGAGGACGAGGCCCAUCGUUGGCCCUGCUCAGCUUGGGCUUGUCUCAUAGAGCGCAGAGAGAAGACGGGG